AUGCACAGCAUCGCUACUCUAACAAGUGUACUGGCCGUGGCUGCCUCUACACACGGAUCGCCCCUUGCUGGCCGACAGUCUAACGAUGUUGCCAAUGAUUGGGACGGGCUGAGCUGCGCAGAGCUCGCCGUCAUCUUUGCACGAGGCACUUUCGACUCUGGGAACAUAGGACCUUGGGUCGGACAGCCAUUCCGCGAGGCUUUGUACUCCAAGAUUGGUAGCGAUAAGCUCGCCUUUCAAGGUGUCGACCCGCAGGACUAUCCUGCCAAUUUGGAUGGUUACAUCGAGGACGGUGGCCCCGAAAGCUGUGCCGUCAGUCUCGGUAAAGCGGUGGAGCGUUACUCUGCUCGCUGCCCGUCGGCGAAAAUUGUCGUGUCCGGAUGGAGCCAAGGAGCGUUAUGCGCCCACAAGAGUCUCGACGCUUCUAAAGCACUCGUCAAUGAGCACGCGCGCAGCCAGGUGAUUGCACUCACCACGUUUGGCGACCCCAUCUCAGUUUGGUCCGACUCGACCAACUUCCCCGCGCCGCCCAGAAAUGCGAGGCUUCUCUCGUACUGCGAGGCCAACAUUCCGGACCCUCUCUGCACCAACCCACUCGAGAGGUGGCCUCACAGCCCCCAGGCCUUCAUCGAUAAGUUGGAGGCCAUGUGGCGCGACUUUAGCGACGCCGAUCUUAAUGGCGCGCAAGAGACAGCCAUUGGCGAUCUGAUUGUGCAGCUGACGAGCCAGGCCAAAAGCAAGAUUGGCAAGCUAGGCAAGGACAUAUUGGCAGGCCAUAUUCGUCACUGGAUGCUCACGCCGCAGCACUUCCUGUAUGGACUUGGUCCGCAUCCCAUGACGGAGCAGGCUGCAGAGGACAUUGCCCGCGCUUUCCAGCAAUCAAAGUAG